AUGGAGCCCAUGUCAUCCGACUACGAGGAUGAUGGACCGGUUCCAACCAGUCGAUUCGCUACAGCAGGGAUGAACAGCUUGAGCAGGUUCGAAGCUACUGCUGAGGCUGACCGACGAGCUUCGAAACUAUAUGCCAAGAAUCUUCAGCAAAACAUGAACGCUCCAGGGCCCGAACGACUGUUAGCGAUGUGGUCCAACCGCUUCUACAAGUUCCGCGAAGUAACUUUGAGAGUCGAUGAUCAGAUAAUCCGUUUCUUGCACACCAUCCCCGGCAAGAUCACCGGCCAAGGCCCCGACGGACGGGUGUCAUACCAAUACGUCAAGGGAGGCGUUUCUCACAUCCUGAAAAAGCUCCAAUUUGAUUACAAAAAUUGGUCCUGGACUAAACAUGACUCGGCUCGGAUAGGCAAGCAAUUCAAGGGACCCCUUGAGAUUUUCUACCUCUCUGCUAAUGCUCUGGCACGGAUAGAUUCAACCCUGCGCGACCUCUUACAGAAGGACGUCUUGUCAAGAGAGCCCUGUCGUGGAGAGAAGCUGUGGCUUACGAGCGACAUUGUUUCCAAGAUGACGACGAAGAUGAUCGCGGAUGCUGACGCCCUCGGCACGUUCAGUUGGGACUUUCUCUUGGUCAAAGUCUUAAUGAUUCUCAUACCGGCUGCAAUCGGGGCCAGGUCUGGCGACGUGACCCGAUCGCGCUUGUACACGGGGACUGAAUACACCAAAUUCUCGGACGUUGUCAUUCGACUUCGCGAUAGCGAUUCACAGUAUGGCAACGAGCUAUGGGGAACCAUCACCCUCCCAUACACGAAGACCCACAAGCGUACAGGAGAGAUCCGACCAGAAAUCACGCAAUAG